AUGAAGCUCGUCAUUAUUCUAAUUGUGUGUUUGGCAUGCGCAUACGCCAGACCGGAAACUAGCGACACGUACACGGAUAAAUACGACGGUAUUGAACUGGACGACAUAUUGAGCAAUCGGCGGUUGUUCCUUCCUUAUGUACAAUGCAUUUUGGAAAAAGGAAAAUGCUCCCCAGAGGGACGGGAGUUGAAAUCUCAUAUAAAGGAGGCCUUGGAGAAUUUCUGUGAUAAAUGCACGGAAGCCCAGAAGCGUGGCACUCAAAAGGUCAUAUCCUAUCUUGUGAAUAACGAGACUGAGUACUGGAAUCAGCUGGUCGCCAAGUACGACCCAAACCGGAAGUACGUCACUAAAUAUGAAAAGGAAUUGCGGUCUAUUAAGGCUUAA